AGACAAAUAUGGCGGUUGUUUACUUAGCAGUUCACAGCGUCGUUUGAGAUAUUUAAAGUUAAUUAUUGUUAUAAUUCAAGAAAUGGUGCAAACUUGUGUAGUACGUGGUUGCGGCAGUAGUUGGUGUCCAGGAGGUAAUAUAAGAUUUCACACACUGCUACGUCUCCGGCGCUGCGGGAAGAGCAGCCUCAACGCCUUAGCGUAACAAAUCGCAGGCAUCGGACGAGCCGGAGCGGCUGACGCUGGUCGCCGAAGGUGACCAACAAGCCGAAGCUGCGGAGGCGAGGAGGGAUUUGUUACAGCAGGCGGAGGCCGCUCCCCCUACGCGCCUCCGGCUCUAUAAAACCACUCUAGGGGUAGGACAGACUCGUACCAGGUGAAGUCGGGGUCAAUCAAUUCGGUUCUUUGACAUAAGUUGAACCUAACCUAUUUUAUUUGUUAUCUGCCCUAAUAGGUACUGUUAAAAUAAAACAAAUUUCAAUAAGAGAUCAUUUAUCAUGGUAUCUUUCUUGUUUUUCAUAAAAUGUGUUUAUAUUUACAAUAUAAAUGCAAACAUUAAAAAAAAUAUAGAUAUUUUAGAAAUCGAUUUUGUGUGAACCGAUACAUCAGCUUACGAUUUGAAUCGAUUUAAAAAUCGACCUUUUUCGGAAAGAAUCGACAUCCCUAUUGACAUCGACAAUGACAUUACAAAAUGGCGCCAGUUUCACGGAAGGAUUAGACAUAAACAUUGCAAGAAUAAUUGAUUUUCAAUAACUUUUUUCUCAAAAAUUACGCGUUUCCGCAUGUUGAAACUUUGUGUGUGUGCUUAUAAUAGUGUAACUUUUCUUAAUAAAAAUACAUAUCAACAUCCAACUUGACGGACGUCAAUGGAAAGCUAAGCCAGUGUAGAGAACCGUACAUCCUUUUUUCUGCGGCUCGGUGUUCCGUCUUGGUCCUCAGAGGUGAUAGCACAUCUGCAUUUUGAUUCUUAAUUGGGGAUAAAUUGUAGAUGUGUAUGGGCAUUCACUUACCAUCAGGUGGUAUUAUACUAGUAAGAUUAGGAUGAAGAGAAUUGUGGUAGCCAACAGAUUUUAUUACAAACUUGUAUAUUUAAGUUGUUUUCCAUAUUUAUGACAAACUUUCAUAUUUUCAGAUGGAUGAGGAUGAGGAGCCCAUAAUUGUUUGUUUCACCUGUCAUGCAAGACUCAUUCGUUGCAGAACAUUACAACAACAGGCUAUUGAGUCAAAAGCAGUUCUGGAGCAGUUGCUUGCAGGAGGGUCCAUGAGAGUGCUGAAAAACAAGAAGAUUUGGAGAUUGAUGCUAUUGAAGAUAGACAUACGGAUUCGGAGUACGACUUGCCGCUAAUUGCAUUUGGUUCAAAAAGUAAAAAAGAAGACGAUGACAAAGAAACUUCUGAAAAGAAGAUUAAAUCAAAUUCUACUGAUUGUAACAUAAACGAUGUUCAUGAAGAAAACCCCGAUUUUGAAGGCCCUACUAUUAAAUCAAACCCUAAAAUGAAAAAAGAUAAUGAACCAAUUAAUAAAAAAGAAAAGCAUUCUGCAAAAAUAAUGAAGAAGAAAAUUUUAAAACAAAAGAGUGUAAAUAUACUUAAGAAAACGACAUCUGGGACAUCAACUGAAUACAUUUUUGAAUGUGAUGGUUGUAGUAAAAAAUUUUCAACAAAAGCCAUUCUCGCCAAACACAUUUCAUACAGUCAUAAGACGCAAAAGAACUCAGACACCACUGCAGUUCGGACACAAGUAGAACAAACUCUAGUACCACAACAAACAGAAAUAUUUAAUUGUGAUAUUUGCGAAUUUAAAACAUCUCAAAAACGUUGCAUUUUGUCACAUCUUAAAGCGCACGUCGCUAAACAAAUGUACAGUUGUAAUAAUUGUGAAUAUAAAUGUAUUAGAAAAAGUGAGUUGCGAAAACAUAUGAAAAUACACACCGGUGAAAAACCUUUUUCGUGUAAUAUCUGUGAAUAUAGAUGUAUUAAAAAAAGUCGUUUGCAAACCCAUAUGAAAAUACACACCGGUCAAACACCUUUUUCGUGUAAUAUCUGUGUAUAUAGAUGUAUUACAAAAAGUAGUUAUCAAAAACAUAUGAAAAUACAUACUGGAGAAAAACCUUUUUCGUGUAAUAUCUGUGAAUAUAGAUGUAUUACAAAAAGUCAUUUGCAAACCCAUAUAAAAAUACACACCGGUGAAAAACCUUUAUCGUGUAAAAUCUGUGAAUAUAGCUGUAUUAGAAAAAGUGCUUUGCAAAUACAUAUGAAAAUUCACACCAAUGAAAAACCUUUUUCGUGUAAUAUCUGUGAUUUUAAAUUUAGUUUUAAAAGCAGUUUUCAAACACAUAUGAAAAUACAUACCGGUGAAAAAACUUUUUCGUGUAAUAUCUGUGAAUAUAUAUUGUAUUAGAAAAAAUAGUUUGCAAGAACAUAUGGAAAUACACACCGGUGAAAAACCUUUUUCGUGUAAUAUCUGUGAAUAUAGAUGUAUUACUAAAAGUAGUUUCCAAAAACAUAUGAAAAUACACACCGGUGAAAAACCUUUUUCGUGUAAUAUUUGUGAAUAUAGAUGUAUUAGAAAAACUGAUUUGCAAACCCAUAUGGAAAUACACACCGGUGAAAAACCUUUUUCGUGUAAUAUCUGUGAAUAUAGAUGUAUUACAAAAAGUAGUUUCCAAAAACAUAUGAAAAUACAUACUGGAGAGAAACCUUUUUCGUGUAAUAUCUGUGUAUAUAGAUGUAUUACAAAAAGGCAUCUGCAAAGACAUUUAAAAACACACACUGGCGCAAAACCUUUUUCGUGAGCUAUGUGGUGAAAUAUGUACAAUAUUAUGCAAAUGUGUUUUAUAUAAAUAUGUGUGUACCAGAUAAAAAUCUAUUUUUUUUUGUGCAUUUGUGAUGUAAUUGUAAAACGAGUAGCAAAAACUUUCCGUGCCUUAUGUGCAAAUUGAAACUGCAUUUAUUCUGAAGAAGUUAAUUCAAUACCUAAUUUAAAAUUUUGUACCAAGUGUCAAACAAUUAAAUACUAAUGUUAUUUUAAAUGGGGAGAAACUGAGUCUUGUAGAUACCACCAUUUUUCUUGGAAUCACACUAGACGGGAAGCUUCAAUGGAGCCCCCAUAUAUCAAAACUUGCAAGCAGACUUAGUUCUGCAGCAUAUGCUGUAAAAAAGAUUAGAAGUCUAACCAGUGUUGAAACAGCUAGACUAGUUUACUUCAGCUACUUCCAUAGCAUAAUGUCGUAUGGUAUUUUGCUAUGGGGACACGCAGCUGACACUGAUAUUAUAUUUGUUUUGCAAAAGAGGGCCAUAAGAGCAAUUUAUGAUUUAAAGCCUAAAGAGUCGCUGCGACAAAAAUUUAAGGAAAUUAAUAUAUUAACUUUGGCCUCUCAAUACAUUUAUGAAAAUGUAAUGUACGUACACAAAAAUAAAAGUAGUUUUACAAAAAUAAGUGAUAUUCAUUCUGUAAAUACUAGGAACAGACACAAGCUAGUAGUACCAGUUACUCGACUCCAUCGAGUCAGUAAUUCAUUCUUGGGGCGAUGUAUACGCUUUUACAACAAAAUUCCAGAAAAUAUACAAAGUUUGACCUGUUCAAAGUUCAAAAACUUUAUUAAACUAAGUUUGUAUAAAAAGGGUUAUUAUAAUAUUAAGGAAUUUAUGGAUGAUAAUAACCCCUGGAAAUGAGGUGAUCGCUACCAAGCAAUUUCUAAUUUGUUGUGUUGUUAAUUUGUGUAACAUCAUGAUUGUAAGCUGUUAUUUUAAAAAAAAAGUCCCGCUGGGUUUCUUGCUGGUUCUUCCCAGGACAGAGGUUUUUUCCGAACCAGUGGUAAUCAAACAAAAGAGUGACUUUCAAUAAGUAUUAUUUAUAAUCUAUAUUGAAUAAAAAGUUUCUGUUUCUGUUUCUGUUUCUGUACAACCGAAUUCAAUAUAAAUUAUUAAGAAUAAUUCAAAAACUAUUGGUCAGACCUUGAUCAAAUUUAUAUGGGAUCACAUGUGAAGCACCAGCUUUACAAAUUAUAAAAGAUUUAUCGAAAUUGCUUCAUGCAGAAACAAGUUAUGAGGUAAUAAAUAUAAAAAAGAACAUACAGUCGAAUUGAGUACCUCCUCCUUUUUGAAGUCGGUAGAAAGCAUAAAAAUGGAACCUUAAAAUAAAUACCGUAUGUGUGAAUGGAGGUUAGUGGAAACAGACUAGACCUUCAUGUUUUCUUUAGACAAGUUGCGCUGGAAUGUCAUAGGAUUAUCCGAAGUCCGAAGAGAGGGGGAGGACACGGUAAUCCUCGAAUCCGGCAAUUUGUUCUAUCACCGGGAGGGUGACAAUCUGUCCCAAGGAGGUGUUGAAUUUAUCGUCCACAAGUCUCUCGUUAACAACGUAUACUCAGAUCACCAAACGGUAUUCGCUGAAGGUCAUACAGGUUUACGCACCAACCUCGGCACACCCCGAUGAGGAGGAAAAUUAAAAUCAUCAUUUUGUAUAAAAGAAAAAUGUGAUAAUACUAAGCAAAUCCAUUCAUUCGAGUCCUCUGAGCUAUUGAGUUGGGUAGAAAGUGAAAGUUCAGCAAAGCAUGAAAACAUUAAUGUUCACUCAUGCAUAUACCGCUGGGUGGGUCAUAAGAAACAUACUAAAAAAAAAUUGACGACAAUGUGAAGCUGAUUUUACAAAUAGGGAAUCCAGUUAUGAUAAAAAUUCUAUCAAUAAUUGGAUUUGCUUUAAAGAAUUUAAAAGUAUAAAAGAAAAGAAAUUGAUCUACCCUUCGGAACAUGCCGUGAGAUUUUUUGAGAUAAUAACAUAAAAGAUAUAAAAACUCUCAUCAAAUCUAAACUGCGUUCUGCAUAAGGAUGCUGUUUCUGAACACUUUUUAACAUUAACUUUAAGAUUGACAGUGUUUAAUUGGUGCAAUGUCAUAAAUAAAAUAUUGAAAGGUGCUCAAAUGCAAUUAAAAGCUUUUAAUAAAUUU